CACACAGGAGAGAGUCAUCUUCUUGGAUACACAGCCAAUGCUCAGCCCAUCUAUCCUCGACCACCUCAUCAACAACGAUCGAAGUUGCCUCCAGAGUACAACCUCCCUCACACAUACGUUGAGAUGCAGUCACUUCAGAUCGCCGCCUUCCUGUUUACAGUGUGCCAUGUAGUCAUUGUGGUUCAAGACUGGUUUACUGACUUAAACCUUUACAGGUUUCUUCAGACUGCUGAGAUGCUGAAACCCUCCACUCCAUCUGCAAGCCAUGACAGCACUGGCUCCUCAGGCAAUGACGAUGGAGCGGAGUACUAUCCUCAUAUAGUGUUCCUCCAGAAUAAGAUCAGACGGGAUGAUUUUUGCCCAAGGAAUCUGAAGAACAUGCACAUGGUGGUGGACAAAUUAAUGACUCACUCUCAUCUCAAAUACAAAGGUACACUGUCCAUGCUGGACUGCAAUAUCUUCCCUGGCUUGGGGCAGGACUACCUGUCAACUGAAGUCAACAUGUUCCUCCUUCCUAUGCAGGAGAAUGACGGGGACGAUAAUCUGACCAAAGCAGGCUCAGGAACAUACCCGCUCUUCUCCCUGCUCCCGGGAUACAGAGGGCAUCCUGCCUUCUCCACCAUGGUUUCAAAACUCCGCAGCCAAAUACUGGCCAUGCCCCGCUGUCAGCUGUCGCACACCAUCCUCACCGAGAAGAACUGGUUUCACUACGCAGCCCGUAUCGAGAAAAAGUCUUCGGCUCUUUCCGAAUACAGCCGCCUGCUCUGCUAACACCUUGAUUGACCUGCUGUUAUAUAUAAUAGCAGUUGCAAGCUGUUAUGUCCAAUAAUCAGGUCAC